AUGAAGCCGCAGCCCAGCCACUUGUCCACCAGCACGGUGACUGCCGAAGGGCUUGUCGACUUUGACGGACCCGAUGACCCCAUCAACCCCUACAACUGGUCGAUGAAGAAACGAGCGUCCAUGUCGGUCGUCAUAGGUCUCGCCACAAUGGUGGUCUCAUUUGCGAGCAGCGUGUUCUCUCCCGCCAUCCCACAAGUCAUGAAGGUUUAUGGGAUUACAAAAGAGGUGGGAACUCUCGGGGUUUCGCUCUAUGUCUUUGGCUUUGCCUCUGGCCCAUUAGUAUUCGGGCCCUUCUCCGAACUCCACGGCCGUCACAUCCCCCUGGUCAUCGCCAUGUUUGGCUUUACGGUCUUCUCCUUCGCAACGGCAGUUUCCAAGGACGUGCAGUCUUUGUUCAUCCUGAGAUUUUUCACCGGAUUCUUUGGCGCCGGUCCUCUCACACUCGCGGGUCCCAUCUUCGUCGAUAUGUUCAACCAGCGGCAACGAGGCAUCCCGAUUGUCAUGUUUUGUCUCAUGGUGUUCACCGGACCCUUGAUAGCCCCGUUUGUAGGGGGCUUUAUUGUCAUGGAUCCGUCGCUGGGGUGGAGGUGGACUGCUUAUAUCCCCGGGAUAUUGGGAGCUGCGAUUACGGUGCUGGUGACCCUGUUUCUCGACGAGACCUAUGCGCCCGUGGUCCUGGCUCGCAAGGCCGAUCGCCUGCGUCGGGCAACCGGGGACUGGUCCCUUCAUGCCGCGCAGGACGAGGUUAGCUUUGAUCUCCGCGCCAUUGCUAGGGACUACUUCAGCAUCCCUCUGAAAAUGCUGGUGUGGGAUCCGAUCGUGCUGUGCAUGAGCCUGUUUGGCGCGUUUGUGUACGGACUCCUCUACCUCUUCCUGACGGCAUACCCCAUCAUCUUCCAGAAAAUCCACGGCAUGAACCCGGGCGUGGGUGGACUGCCGUACUUGGGGGUAGUAAUCGGACUGUUCCUUGGGGCCGUUGGGAUUGCAUCCACCCAGCCGUGGAUGGAGCGGAAGGCCGAGCGGACCGGGGGAGAGAUGAUGCCCGAAUGGCGCCUCCCCAUUGCCAUCCCCGGGGCGGCCGCGUUCUCCGGGGGGUUAUUCUGGCUGGGGUGGACCGGGUAUCAGCCCACGACCCAUUGGAUAGCUCCAACAUUGUCCGGGUUGCUCACCGGCUUUGGCUUGUUGACCAUGUUUUUGCCUUCGUUGGUGUAUCUGGUGGAGGCACGUGCCCGAAAAAGCGCGUCGGCUGUGGCGGCCCACACCUUCCUGCGGUCGGGAGCCGGAGGCGCGUUCCCGCUCUUUGCAACAUACAUGUUUAACACUCUGGGAGUGGAAUGGGCGUGUACGUUGCUGGGGUGCAUCGGGGCGGUUCUCAUCCCCAUUCCGGUGCUGCUGUACGUGUGCGGCGCGCAGAUCCGGAAGAAGAGCCGGCUGUCGGUCGCGUAG